CUGUGGAUCCCUCGUCAACAACAACAUGUUGGCCUCGGACGCAGCAAAGAAACAGACAACAGAUAGGCUGAGUGAGGACGUGUGAUUCUGUAAAUGAUGGACUAAAACAGGGAAACUGUGUCUGGACAGAUACAGCGGACCUCCACCAUCCUGCCAUGGAGGGGUCGUCUGCGAAGAAAAAACCGGGAUAUGGACAUCCCAAAAAAGACUGCAGCAGUGAUGAAGUCGCUCAUCCCAAGAAACUAAAUGGAACCUCAGCAGAGACGCCGAGUUACCAGAACCUUCACCGUGAGCUGCUGCUCAGCCAUAAACGCGGUUUGCUGCUGGAGGAGAAACCGGAGCUGAAGCGAGUGUUGGAGCAGCGCAGACUGGAGCUACACAAGGAGGAGGAGAUGGCACGACGACGGCCCUCAGACCUGGAGACGGAGCUCCGCAAGAGGCAGCAGAAGCUCCAAGAGUACGAGCAGGAGGAGAUCAGGCAGCGGGAGAACGAGCAGAAGAUCCCAGAGUUCGUCCGUGUGAAGGACAACCUGAGGAGAACGCAAACGUUCGAACAGUGAGGCCCAAAAGCUCCAUCAGACGCUGGAGCUUCUCACCAAAGUGGCCCUGAAUCUGUAUGUUCACUGUCUGCUGAGCUGUACAUUAAAAAAACACACAUUUCAUGUUUCUUAGUGGACUUUAAAUGACAUUUUUAAACAUCAGACUUGAAGGAGUCAUGCAUACAAAGCUGAUACAUAAUCCAUGUUUAGGAAUCAUUUCUUAAAUCCGUUUCUGAGGUGGUAAGGAAAGUGUUCGUUUUUUAUUCAGAAUUAUACUAUUGGUUAAGAGAAAGUUACCUGUAUUCUGAGGAUGGAUGUUUUUUUUAAAAAAUGUUUUUAUAGUCAUUAUACUAUUUAAUGUUUCAAAUCAGUAUCCUAUGCUUCUGCCUGCAUUAAAGGAGCAAAAACUGUUUAUUUCAAGAAGGGGCCACAUCAGUUCAGCCUAAUUCUUUACAGAAACAUUUCUCAACAGAACUGUUUUGUAUCAAUAAAAAAUCCCCCGGCAUUACAAAUGUACAUGUUUGUUUAUGUGUUUCUGUCAAGAGUCUUGAUUUUCAGUGCGCUUGUGUGCAUGUGGAAAUAAAGGCUUUAUGGUUUGCA